CUCCCUUUCUCUCUCCCCCCUUCUUCUCCCCUUUUCCCCCCCUCCCUCUCCUAUGCGCCAGGACAGGAGCAUCAGGCUGCCUUCCCCUCCCCGCCAUUUUGGGCCCCUCCUUCCUGAGCAAUGAGGAUGCUCCCUCUAACUCUUGCCCUCGGGAGGACCAGGGGCUGCCAACUGUCUCCAUUGCCCAUUGCCUUCGCCCUCUCCUCUACCAGAGCUGCCUCUGGCUCUCCCCGGUUUCUUCCUUUCUACUGCAGGCGCCACUCUGGGGGAUGCUGUAGAUCACGUGCCUGGUGCUCACCUUGGCAGCCCCCCCCACAGGGCCUGCCCUGAUGGGCACCCAUGCCCAUGGCUUGCUGUGGCAGCUCUCCCAGCAGCCUGUGUGGCUCGGAGUCCGGGCCUGGCCAGGAACUCCUCUGACCCGGGUUUGGAGGCUCGUCCCUGUGGCGGGGGCUCCUGGGAGGAGGCCCAUGGCUGCCUGGAACUGUGAUGGGGGCGGCUGUCCCUGGUGAGAGGAGGGCCCUGGGAGGCUUGGAGGGCUGCGGCCCAGCUGGGUGUGAGACGAGGCUGCGCGACGGGCAGGAGCCCUGGGCACGCUCCGGGAGGCCUGGCUCUCGGCACCACACUGAAUUCCCCUCUGUCCCGGGCUACAGGGCCAGGAGAUCCUGGAUCGCCUGCUGUCCCUGCCCGGCCGAGGGGUUCGGUUACACGUUGCCAUGAAUAGUCCCCAGCCCUCGGACAUGGACGCGGAUGAGCUGGGCAGGCACGGAGCCAAGGUGACCCCAGUGCACAUGGAACGGCUGACCGGAGGCAUCGUCCACUCGAAGUUCUGGGUGGUGGAUGGCCGGGAUAUCUACGUGGGCAGCGCCAAUGCGGAUUGGCGGGCUCUCGCCCAGAUCAAGGAGCUAGGAGCCGUCCUAUACAACUGCAGCCCUGUAGCCCAAGACCUGCUCUCCAUCUUCGACACCUACCAGGCCCUCGGAGGGCCCGGGGCUGUCCUGCCCACCGCCUGGCCCCCUCGCUUCUCUGCUGGCUCCAGCCUCCAGAAGCCCAUCCGCCUGCACCUGGAUGGUCACCCAGCUGAUGUGUACCUCUCGAGCUCCCCCCCAGCCCUGUGUGCCCCUGGCCGCACGUCGGACCUCCAGGCCAUCCUCAGCACCAUAAGCCAGGCUCGCAAGUUCAUCAAGGUCUCCGUCAUGGAUCUGAUGCCUCAGUGCAUGUUUUGUCAGCCCAAGAGGUUCUGGCCGGAGCUGGACUCUGCCCUGCGGGCCGCGGCCUGUGACCAGCGGCUUCCCAUCCAGCUGCUGAUCAGCUGCUCGCGGCACUCGGAUCCUAAUAUGUUCAUCUUCCUGGAGGCCCUGAGCAUCCUGGCCCAGCCGCCUCUGUCCUGCCCUCUCCACGUGAAGCUGUUUGCGGUGCCCGUGAGCGGGGACCAGGGGCAGAUCCCUUUUGCGCGGAUGAACCACAACAAGUACAUGGUCACUGACCAGGCCGCCUACAUCGGUACCUCCAACUGGUCCCACGAUUACUUCCUCCGCACCACGGGCGUGGCGCUGGUGAUCAUGCGGCCCCGGGGGGCCCGGCUGCUCCCCGUGCAGAGACAGCUUCUGGCCGUCUUUGAGCGAGACUGGACCUCUCCCUACGCGCUGCCCCUGAGCCCCCGCCCUCCCUGCGCUGCCCCGGGCCCACAAGGGGGCGGCUAGCGGGGGCUCCGCCUCCGGGCUCGGCCAGCCUUCUUUUAGCCUGGAACCGUGGGGGGGGGAGGGAGGCGCGGACAGACAGCCCGAGCAGGGCGGCCCGCCACCCCCCCCAAGCUGGGAAAGCGACAGCUACCUUUCGGUCAAUGAAGAGGACGCGCGGCGGGGCGGAUGCGGAGGCAUGGGGCGCUCCCAGCUGGCUCUGGGGUGGGAAAGGACACUGGGAAAGGGGAGGGGGAGAGGGGAGCGGCAGUGCCGGGCGCAGCCUCCCCCGGGGGCUAACUCGGCCGUGAGCCGCGCAGAAUCCUGGGGAGGCGCGCUGACGGACCGAGGUGGACAUGGAAACACUUGCACUUGGCCAAUAAUGAAAACUCUUGCUUAACGGCG